CUAAAAUUGCACUUGGGCCAUUCUGUGAUCACCCUUGGUCCACAAGGCCAUCUUCUCCCUAUAAACAAAAUCCUAUGCCCCACGCCACACUGGGGCACUUCUGCCACCUUGAUGCAGUAGCUCUGGGACCAUCCGUCAAUCAGAAAGUAUGGUUCGUUGAGUAGCCCAUAUGCAAGCCAAAAGUCUUUUCCUCUCUUACUCCUCAGUUUGGGGGUCUUUUCCUGCCUUCACAACCAAAGAGAAUAAAGAGUGGAGAGAGAGAGAGGAGAGACUUCAGCAAAGCUGGAUUCUUUUCAGAGAAAAAUCCAAUUUUUCUCUCUCUUCCUUCUUUUGUUCCACCCAAGCUUCUCCCUUUUGGAAUUUUCUCUCUGUAUUAGUUACAUAAAUCCCAAACCCUACUGCUAAAUAUGAGCAGUACUUUGUUAUAAUGGCGCUAUUUCUCUCUAUUUUUCUGGUUGUGUUCUGCUAAAGAUGAGAUUUUUGUGGAAGAUUUGAGAUGGAUAGCAGGGGAAGGAGAGAUUCUUGGGUCGUUGCUGUUUUAAGAUAAAAGGGGAAGGGAAGAAGAGCGCAGGGAUGAUGAGUUUCAGGAGCAGAGGAGGGUUAGCGGGAGGGGGAGGAGAGAUUUCUUCCAAGGGGAUGGUGUCUAAAAAAUGGACCUUUUUGCUUUGCCUUGGGAGCUUCUGCAUUGGUCUCUUCUUCACCAACAGAAUGUGGACGAUGCCUGAAGCAAAUGACAUUAUCAGGGCAACUGGAACCGAAGAUAAUAAGAUGAACUUAGUCACAGGCGAUUGUAAUCCAAAAACUAUUAAUGAAAAGCAGCAGUCCAAGGACAUUCUAGGGGAAGUUUCAAAGACCCAUCAUGCUAUACAGACACUUGAUAAAACUAUAUCAAACUUAGAAAUGGAAUUAGCUGCUGCAAGGGCGGCACAAGAAUCUAUACUCAAUGGUUCUCCAUUAUCAGAAAAUGUAGUCGCUGCUGAAUCAACUGGGAGGCGGAAAUGUUUUAUGGUUGUAGGAAUUAAUACUGCAUUUAGCAGUCGUAAGCGAAGAGAUUCUGUUCGUGCAACUUGGAUGCCUCAAGGUGAAAAAAGAAAGAAGCUGGAGGAAGAGAAGGGUAUCAUCAUUCGCUUUGUAAUUGGUCACAGGAGGAUCCAGAUUACAUGUACAGACAUAGGAUGUUCAGGUUACCCAUUCAUUAACCUCUUCCCACAGGAGAAUAAGCAGGUAAGGAUGUUCAGGUGGUUAUUAACUAGCCAUUUUUUUUCUUCCUCGGUUGGAGGGGGGGGUGUUGGAGAUUUAAGUACUCUUAUCCUAUGUUCAGGUUACCCAUCCAUUAACCUCUUCCCAUAUGUUCACCCACAGACACACACAGAGUUAUGCAAACAUGUAUACAAGGAAAGGAAAUUGAAAGAGAAAGAACGACAAAGAAGCAACAGAUAUUUAUAUGCAACAUCUCGUGGUAUAUUGGACAAGGCUAUUGAAGCUGAACAUAGAAAGCAUGGGGACUUCAUGAGGCUGGACCAUGUUGAAGGAUAUCUUGAACUAGCAGCCAAAACCAAAACAUAUUUUGCUACUGCUGUUGCAACGUGGGAUGCAGAUUUCUACGUCAAAGUUGAUGAUGAUGUACAUGUAAAUAUAGCAACUCUUGGAACCACAUUGGGCAGGCACCGUUCAAAGCAUCAUCUAUAUAUUGGAUGCAUGAAAUCUGGUCCCGUCCUGGCGCAAAAGGGGGUGAGAUAUCAUGAACCUGAGUACUGGAAAUUUGGGGAGGCAGGAAACAAGUAUUUCCGACAUGCUACUGGUCAGCUAUAUGCCAUUUCAAAAGAUUUGGCUACUUACAUAUCCAUUAACCAGCAUGUGCUUCACAAGUAUGCAAAUGAGGACGUUUCAUUGGGAGCUUGGUUUAUUGGGUUGGAUGUGGAACAUAUCGAUGACCGCAGAUUAUGUUGUGGUACCCCGCCUGAUUGUGAAUGGAAAGCACAGGCAGGUAACACCUGUGUUGCCUCCUUUGAUUGGAGCUGCAGUGGCAUCUGCAAGUCUGCUGAAAGGAUCAGAGAUGUUCAUCGCCGUUGCGGGGAAGGUGAAAAUGCUCUAUGGGGUGCAAAUUUCUAACUGGGGUGGCCUUUCCAUGCCAUUUAGAGGGCUCAAAAGACUGAUCUGUUGCAUAAAUAUGCAUGUGUAUGUAUGUUGUACACGGAGUGUAUGCAAGUGACUUGAAGGAGGACCAGAGUCAAUGGCGAGGGGAUCUCUUCCAUUUUCUAGUAGAAAAGAUCCCUACAUGCAGAAAUGAAGCAUGAGAGACAUAUAUAAUAGAUAGAUAGAUUUAGAGAGAGAGAGAGGAGAGGGAGAGGCAGUUAUCCCCCCCACAUUCUUUAAAAUUGCAUGGACGGCCAUUUUGUAUCUUAUAACUCUUGUUAAUGGCUUCCAGAAACAUAAAUAAGUACUAAUUUUCCAUUACA